CAUUUACUGAGCCAACAAAAAGAUGCGGAUGUCGAAGAAUAUCGGAAGCUUCUUUCGGAGAAGGAAGUGAACAACAAGCGCAUUCAGCAGCUAAGUGAAGAAAUAGGCAGGCUUAAAGCAGAAAUUGCAAGAACAAAUGCAUCACUGACAACAACCCAGAAUCUGGUCCAGAGCCUCCGGGAAGAUCUAACAAAAACAAAAACAGAAAAGGAAAACCUUCAAAAGGACCUGGAGGUGAAAGUAGUAGAUAUCCAAGAGAAAGUCAAGACAAUAACUCAAGUCAAGAAAAUUGGACGUCGCUACAAGACUCAAUAUGAAGAGCUGAAAGCACAGCAUGAUAAGAUGGUUGCUGAGACUGCCACACAGGCUUUUGCGGAACAGACGGAACAGCAAAUUUCAGAGAAAGAACAUCAGGAGGUGAAAGAGGCUCUAAGCCAAGCGGAGGUCAAAAUAAAAUCUUUAGAGGGGCAGAUUGAAAUUCUGCAGAAGAGCUAGUACUUCAGAUCCACCAACAGCCAACAUCAAGCCAACUCCUGUUGUGUCGACCCCGAGCAAAGUGACAGCUGCUGCCAUACCUGGGAACAAGCCCACCCCAAGGGCUAGCAUCCGUCCAAUGGUUACACCCGCUACCGUCACCAACCCUACAACUACUCCAACGGCUACCGUUAUGCCAACAACACAAGUGGAGACUCAGGAAGCCAUGCAGUCAGAAGGACCAGUUGAACAUGUUCCAGUCUUUGGAAGCACAAGCGGAUCUGUGCGUUCCACCAGCCCCAAUGUGCAGACAUCUCUUUCCCAGCCCAUCCUGACGGUCCAGCAGCAAACUCAGGCCACAGCUUUCGUACAGCCUACUCAACAGAGUCAUCCUCAGAUCGAACCAACAGCUCAAGAACCAUCCCCAGCCAUCAUGGAGGUGGUGCAGAGCUCCCAAAUGGAAAGACCUUCUACCUCAUCGGCGGUGUUUGGCACAGUUUCAGCAACUCCCAGUUCGUCUCUGCCUAAGCGAGGACGAGAGGAAGAAGAAGAGAAUAAUGUUGAAAACUCAGAACAGAUUCCCGAGGAAAUGGUUGAUCUGCCUCUUGCAAAGAAACUGAGAACUGUGCAGAGAGUUGGGCCAGAGGAGGAAGUGACUGCAGAAGAGAGCACGGACCGAGAAAUAGAGGCUCAGGCUUACAAUCAGGAUUCGCAGGAUUCCAUUGACGAAGGUGUCACGCAGGGCGAGUAUACGCCCAUGGAGGAUAGUGAGGAAACUUCUCAGUCCCUCCCUAUAGACCUUGGACCUCUUCAAUCAGAUCAGCAGAAUACAGCCUCAUCCCAAGAGUGUCAGGGCAAGAGAGAUGAUGUCAUUGUCAUUGACAGUGAUGAUGAAGAGGAUGAAGAUGAGGAAAAUGAUGGAGAAGCAGAAGAAUAUGAAGAAGAUGAGGAUGAGGACGAGGAUGAGGAUGAUGAAGACACAGGAAUGGGAGAUGAAGGUGAAGAUAGCAAUGAAAGCACUGGCAGUGUGGAUGGCAAUGAUGGGUACGAAGCAGAUGAUGCUGAGGCGAUGGGAGCACAGGUACCGUAGAGUCUACGUUCUCUCAGGAAAGUCCAAGGGAGCAGCAACCAACUUCUGCUUCUGAGAGACAAGUUCCCCGUCCACCUCGACCUCAUCCUUUACCUCCACGAUUAACUAUCCAUGCGAUUCCUGCUCCACCUCAGGAACUGGGACCUCCAGUACAGAGGAUACAAAUGACUCGGAGGCAGUCUGUGGGACGUGGACUCCAGCUAACUCCAGGGAUAGGCGGCAUGCAGCAGCAUUUCUUUGAUGAUGAAGACCGGACAGUUCCAAGCACUCCAACAUUGGUGGUGCCACAUCGUACAGAUGGAUUCGCAGAAGCAAUUCA